AUGGAUGACUACGGGUCGGAGUCCGACAGCGACUACACUAGUUAUUGGCGGGAUUGGUUUAUCUCGUCCCGGGGCAAUGAGUAUUUCUGCGAGAUUGACGAAGAGUAUCUGACGGAUCGCUUCAACCUGACGGGCCUCAACACCGAAGUCCAGUACUACCAGUAUGCCCUUGAUCUGGUGACCGACGUGUUCGAUCUCGAUUGCGACGAUGAGAUGCGCGAGACCAUCGAAAAGUCGGCCCGGCAUCUGUACGGUCUCGUACACGCCCGCUACAUUGUCACGACCAGGGGGCUUGCAAAAAUGCUCGAGAAAUACAAAAAGGCAGAUUUCGGCAAGUGCCCCCGCGUCAUGUGCAACUCGCAUCCUCUACUACCCAUGGGCCUCUCCGACAUACCGAAUCUCAAGCCAGUGAAGCUCUACUGCGCCCGCUGCGAGGACAUAUACAACCCCAAAUCCUCGCGCCACGCCUCCAUCGAUGGCGCCUACUUCGGCACCUCCUUUCACAACAUCCUCUUCCAGGUCUACCCGGCCCUGAUCCCGCCCAAGUCGACGGAGCGCUACGUGCCCCGCGUCUACGGAUUCAAGGUGCACGCCGCCGCCGCCCUCGUGCGCUGGCAGAACCUCAUGCGCGAGGACAUGCGCCGGCGGCUGCGCAAGAUGGAGGUGGAGAGCGGGUUCAAGGACGGAGAGGAUGAGGACCUCGAUGAGGCGGAGGAUGACGAUGGAGAAGAGGACGAGGAGCUCCAGCAGCAGAUUGCUGAGUAUAGGGGGGCCAAUCAGCAUCACGGCACGUCGUUCACUGGGGGCGAACCACAUGUGGGAAGCGUUGCUUGA